AUGAACACUUUCACUCUCCUCUUGGCUGCCGCCUCGGCGGUUAGCGCUCACUACACAUUGCCAAUCGUCAACGGUGCGCCCGCCUGGACCGCUGUCCGACAAGCCAAGAACUGGCAGAACAACGGUUUCGUCGGCGACGUGACAAGCAGCGAUAUCCGCUGCAACCAGCUCAACCCCGGCAACGAGACCGUCACUGUCGCGGCCGGAUCAAACGUCAAAGUCAACGUCAAUCCGAACGCCUACCACCCCGGCCCCUUCCAGUCCUACCUUGCCAAGGUGCCCGAAGGCCAGGAUGUGAACACGUGGGACCCAACUGGGGCUGUCUGGUUCCGCAUCUACGCGGAGCAACCUAAGUUUGGAUCGUCAUUGACGUGGCUGAGCGCCGCCAACUACGACAUCAAGAUCCCCUCCUGCAUUGCUCCAGGAAAGUAUCUGAUGCGCAACGAGCAAAUCGCUUUACACGUCGCCCAGAGCUCCGGCGGAGCCCAGUUCUACCUCAGCUGCGCUCAGAUCGAGGUUACUGGCGGUGGUUCCAAGGCCGCUACGGACCUGGUGGCCUUCCCGGGUGCCUACAAGGCUAGUGACCCUGGAAUUUUGAUUAACAUCAACUACCCGGUUCCUACCAGCUAUACCAACCCUGGACCUGCUACUUUCACUUGUUAG